AUGGACCCCACGACUUCCCUCUCGCCAAGUGGCUGCCUCUUUGACGAGCCAUACAGCACAUGUGGAUAUAGUCAAGCUGCCGAUGAUGACUUCAACUGGGAGCAGGUGAACACCCUGAGCAAACCUACCUCUGACCCGUGGAUGCCAUCAGGCUCCUUCAUGCUGGUGAACACAUCUGGGAAACUGGAAGGCCAGAGGGCUCACCUGCUCCUGCCUCAGCUUAAGGAAAAUGACACCCACUGCAUCGACUUUCACUACUUUGUAUCCAGCAAGAGUAACGCUGCUCCUGGGUUGCUCAACGUGUAUGUGAAGGUGAACAAUGGGCCUCUGGGGAAUCCCAUCUGGAACGUCUCUGGGGACCCCACGCGCACGUGGCACAGGGCAGAGCUGGCCAUCAGCACAUUCUGGCCCAACUUCUACCAGGUGAUUUUCGAAGUGGUGACCUCUGGACAUCAAGGCUACCUGGCUAUCGAUGAAGUUAAGGUGUUAGGACACCCGUGCACGAGAACUCCCCACUUCCUGCGGAUUCAGAAUGUGGAGGUGAAUGCCGGCCAGUUUGCGACCUUCCAGUGCAGCGCCAUAGGCAGGACAGUGGCCGGGGACCGGCUCUGGCUGCAGGGCAUCGAUGUCCGAGAUGCUCCUCUGAAGGAGAUAAAGGUGGCUAGUUCCAGAAGAUUCAUAGCCUCAUUUAACGUCGUAAACACGACCAAGAGAGACGCUGGGAAGUACCGCUGCAUGAUCCGCACGGAAGGAGGCGUCGGGAUAUCAAACUACGCAGAAUUGGUAGUUAAAGAGCCACCAGUUCCUAUCGCCCCACCUCAGCUUGCCUCUGUCGGAGCGACCUAUCUGUGGAUACAGCUCAACGCCAACUCCAUCAAUGGGGAUGGACCCAUUGUGGCCCGUGAGGUCGAGUACUGCACAGCCAGUGGGAGCUGGAAUGAUCGGCAGCCGGUGGAUUCUACCAGUUACAAGAUUGGGCACCUUGACCCAGACACAGAGUAUGAGAUCAGUGUACUUCUCACCAGGCCGGGGGAAGGCGGCACUGGAUCUCCUGGGCCAGCUCUGAGAACGAGAACAAAGUGUGCUGAUCCCAUGCGCGGCCCGAGAAAACUGGAAGUUGUAGAGGUCAAAUCUCGACAAAUCACCAUCCGCUGGGAGCCAUUUGGAUACAAUGUAACUCGUUGCCACAGUUAUAAUCUCACAGUGCACUACUGUUACCAGGUUGGAGGGCAGGAGCAGGUGCGAGAAGAAGUAAGCUGGGACACAGAUAAUUCACACCCUCAGCACACAAUCACCAACCUGUCCCCGUACACCAACGUCAGUGUGAAGCUCAUUCUCAUGAACCCGGAGGGGCGUAAGGAAAGCCAAGAACUCACUGUGCAGACGGAUGAAGACCUUCCAGGAGCUGUCCCCACUGAAUCCAUCCAAGGCAGUGCCUUUGAAGAGAAAAUAUUUCUCCAGUGGAGAGAGCCGACACAAACAUAUGGAGUCAUCACCUUAUAUGAGAUCACCUACAAAGCAGUCAGUUCCUUUGACCCGGAAAUAGAUUUAUCCAACCAAAGCGGACGAGUUUCAAAACUGGGAAAUGAAACCCAUUUUCUGUUCUUUGGCCUGUAUCCUGGAACCACAUACUCCUUCACCAUCAGAGCCAGCACCGUGAAGGGGUUCGGGCCUCCAGCAACAAACCAGUUCACCACAAAAAUAUCAGCACCAUCCAUGCCAGCCUAUGAAUUUGAGACACCUUUGAAUCAGACUGACAAUACAGUGACAGUGAUGCUGAAACCUGCACAAAGCAGAGGGGCUCCAGUCAGUGUCUAUCAAAUCGUUGUUGAAGAAGAACGUCCUCGGAGGACUAAGAAGACCACGGAGAUCUUGAAGUGCUACCCAGUGCCUAUUCACUUCCAGAACGCUUCCAUCCUCAACUCCCAGUACUACUUUGCAGCAGAGUUUCCUGCAGACAGCCUCCAAGCUGCACAGCCAUUUACCAUUGGUGACAAUAAGACAUACAAUGGCUACUGGAACACCCCCCUUCUCCCCCAUAAAAGCUACAGAAUCUAUUACCAAGCUGCUAGUAGAGCCAAUGGGGAAACCAAAAUUGACUGUGUCCGAGUGGCCACAAAAGGGGCCGUUACUCCAAAGCCUGUCCCUGAACCCGAGAAACAAACAGACCACACGGUUAAAAUCGCCGGAGUGAUUGCAGGAAUCUUGCUGUUUGUUAUCAUAUUUCUCGGAGUCGUGCUGGUCAUGAAGAAGAGGAAACUGGCCAAGAAGAGGAAGGAGACGAUGGGCAGCACCCGGCAGGAGAUGACGGUCAUGGUGAACUCCAUGGACAAGAGCUACGCCGAGCAGGGCACGAACUGCGACGAAGCUUUCUCCUUCAUGGACACGCACAACCUUAAUGGCAGAUCCGUGUCUUCACCAUCAUCCUUUACAAUGAAAACAAACACGCUGAGCACAUCGGUGCCGAAUUCCUAUUACCCAGAUGAGACCCACACAAUGGCCAGCGACACCAGCAGCCUGGCACAGCCCCAUCCUUACAAGAAGCGUGAGACCACCGACGUGCCUUAUCAGACUGGGCAGCUUCACCCGGCUAUUCGAGUGGCAGAUCUCCUCCAACAUAUCACUCAGAUGAAGUGUGCUGAGGGCUAUGGCUUCAAGGAGGAAUAUGAGAGCUUCUUUGAAGGACAGUCUGCACCAUGGGACUCUGCUAAGAAAGACGAGAACAGAAUGAAGAACAGAUACGGGAAUAUCAUUGCAUAUGAUCACUCUCGGGUACGGCUCCAGAUCCUGGAAGGGGACAACAAUUCGGACUAUAUCAACGGCAAUUACAUCGAUGGCUAUCAUCGACCCAAUCAUUAUAUCGCAACCCAAGGGCCCAUGCAGGAGACCAUCUACGACUUCUGGAGGAUGGUGUGGCAUGAGAACACAGCAAGCAUCAUCAUGGUGACCAACCUUGUGGAAGUCGGAAGGGUGAAAUGCUGCAAAUACUGGCCAGACGACACAGAGAUCUAUAAAGACAUUAAAGUCACUCUCAUAGACACAGAGCUGCUGGCAGAAUAUGUGAUAAGAACGUUUGCUGUGGAGAAGGGAGGGGCCGGAGGUGAAGCGCACUGCAGUCCGUCCAGAGAAGUACCACAGAGAGGCGUUCACGAAAUCCGGGAGAUCAGACAGUUUCACUUCACCGGCUGGCCGGACCACGGCGUCCCCUACCACGCCACCGGCCUGCUGGGAUUUGUCCGGCAGGUCAAAUCCAAGAGCCCACCCAAUGCAGGCCCGUUGGUGGUGCACUGCAGCGCUGGUGCAGGAAGGACAGGAUGCUUCAUUGUCAUUGACAUCAUGUUGGACAUGGCGGAAAGGGAAGGAGUGGUGGACAUCUACAACUGCGUCCGAGAGCUUCGGUCCAGGAGAGUCAACAUGGUGCAGACGGAGGAGCAGUACGUCUUUAUCCACGAUGCGAUCUUGGAAGCCUGUCUUUGUGGAGACACCUCCAUCCCUGCUUCCCAAGUCAGGUCUCUGUAUUAUGACAUGAACAAACUGGACCCACAGACAAACUCGAGCCAAAUCAAAGAGGAAUUCCGGACUCUCAACAUGGUGACACCCACGCUGCGUGUGGAGGACUGCAGCAUCGCACUCCUGCCUCGGAACCACGAGAAGAACCGCUGCAUGGACAUCCUGCCUCCGGACCGCUGCCUGCCCUUCCUCAUCACCAUCGACGGCGAGAGCAGCAACUACAUCAACGCGGCCCUGAUGGACAGCUAUAAACAGCCUUCAGCGUUUAUAGUCACCCAGCAUCCUUUGCCAAACACUGUCAAAGACUUCUGGCGACUGGUCUUGGAUUACCACUGCACAUCCGUAGUUAUGCUCAAUGAUGUGGAUCCUGCGCAGCUAUGUCCACAGUACUGGCCGGAAAAUGGAGUGCACAGACACGGCCCCAUCCAAGUGGAAUUCGUGUCUGCAGACUUAGAAGAAGACAUCAUCAGCAGGAUUUUCAGGAUUUACAACGCCUCCAGACCCCAGGACGGACAUCGGAUGGUUCAGCAGUUCCAGUUCCUGGGCUGGCCGAUGUACAGGGACACGCCCGUGUCCAAGCGCUCCUUCUUGAAGCUCAUACGCCAGGUGGACAAGUGGCAGGAGGAAUACAAUGGUGGCGAAGGCCGCACAGUCGUGCAUUGCUUGAAUGGAGGGGGCCGCAGUGGGACGUUCUGUGCCAUCAGCAUCGUCUGCGAGAUGCUCCGACACCAGAGAACUGUGGACGUCUUCCAUGCUGUCAAGACGCUGAGGAACAACAAGCCAAACAUGGUGGACCUCUUGGAUCAGUACAAGUUCUGCUAUGAGGUGGCCCUGGAGUACCUGAAUUCUGGCUGAUAGCAUCAGCAAGCCCUGCAGAGGAAUCCCUUCCUACCACAAAGUCAAGGAGUUCUGAGCAUCAGUGUCUGUGAUGACAAGAAGAAUUGUCAGUAUGCUUAUUUUGCUUUGCAUAAUUGGCUCUUUUUAAGAGCCCAAGAAAGUCUUUCUAAAACUGCUUGCACUGCCCAGUUCCCUGUAAUGCUGCUGCGUGAUCAAAACCCAGCAGACAGUCCCAGAGACUGGACUCCUCGCCACUGGCCCUGUUAGAGCAGCGUAGAGACGUGGUCAAUCGAAGAGCACAACUAUAUUCUUAUGAAGGAAUUUGUACCUUUGGGGUAUUUUUUUGUGGCUGUGACCCUUUGUCAUUGUUACAACCAAGUGUAUGUUUCGUUCUGUGGAGAAUGCUACCUGGCAUUAUGAUAAUAUAUUCUUUUAGUUAAUAUUUGUAUUUUAACAUGUUGCAUAAUAUAAGAUUAUAUAGCUUUCAAAGACUAACAGAUAAAGAUGUAAUGAACAAAGAUACAUUGUAUGAGUUGUUGUUUCUAGCGGAUUUAUAUGGGUUCUAAGAGAAAAGCUGGGGAGGCCUCCAUUUAAAAUGUAACCUGGUCAGUCAGAGAUCCAAAGCUUUUCCAUUUGUUUAUAUUGUAAAUAUUUUUGAUUUCAUCAAAUUAUUUAUUCAUUAAAAGAUUUUUUGUGA